AAGCCUAAAGGGCUCUGCAGUUAUCUGGAUAGCAAGAGGCUCCAGCUUAUUUUGCAGUUGAGAAGUGAGUGUGGGGCAAUGUGGACACGGUAACAGACGUUCAAACAAACUCUAGCAACACAAGCGAGAGCAUGGCCUUGGAGCAGCCACGCAGUGUCUUUGGAAAGGUCUCCAUUGUCUUUGCAACCAAGCUCAAGUCGUUCUCCCUCCUGCCCAUCCUGAAAAAACUGCCUGCUGAGAACAGGGUGAAAUCAGUAUCGAGUAAUCUCAGUAAGGCUUUAGGAGACAAUGGGGCUGCAGCUGGAAAAACAGCAAAUGAAGGUAUUCACAAGGCUGAAGUUGUGUACAUUAGUGACAUGGAGUUCCAAGACAUCACCAAGCAUUCUGAACCUCAGCAGAAAUAUAAUACCAAGCCAGCUGUUUCCCCAUUACCUGCCCCAGAUGUGGCUCAUGCAGAAAUAGGAUGCACAAGUCCAAAGCCUUACUCUGACCCCCUGGAUACAGCUGCUAAUAAGCCUCCAAAGAUCCCUCAGCUAGAGUGCCACAACACUGAAUCUGAACUCAGGUCUGGGCAGUUUUUAAACACCGAGGCUCAAAGAGAGGAUGAGGUCCUGAGCCCGGUCAGCUCUGUGGACCUUUUUACAUCUCCUUUCUCUUCUAAAGAGUCCAUCCUCCCUGAAGGCUGGGAGCAUGAAACAUCCUGGUCUGCCGUCCAGAUGCUAUCUCCGAGCGGUUCCAUCUCGCCUUGUUCGUCUGUAAGAUCAGGGACUUUUACCUCAUCAGUGAUGAGAAUCAAAUGCCAUAAACUUGCCCCGGGAUCCAGCCUCAUGCAGAUGCCACUUACCUCCUGUCAGACACUUGGUUGCAAAAAACAUAUCACCUCAUCAUGCCCCUUGUCCACCCGUGCCCGACAUAGACCCCCACCAACACAGCUAUCACUGUUAACAGCUAUCUUAAGAAAGGGACGUUUGCCGAUUCUUUCUCCCUCCUUGCAGAGGCCCUACUCUCCUUGUUGGCCCAUUAGCCCAGUCAACAUAUCCUCCUGCACAGCAUGUUCAGCAGCUUCAGCUGUCACUCCCAUGGUGAACUUACCAGCAAAGUCUUGUGUGUCUAAAAGCAUGACUUGUACAGAGCCCAGCUGCAAACUACAACCAAAACCCCCAGGUUUAAUCACUAAGACUGGGUCUGUGCCACCCAAGGACCAGAACACGCAAAAUCUCUCUUCAACAGCAAUUGACACACCAGAUGCAACCCGCUCCAACGUUCAUGUAUCCAGAAGUGAUAUUAAAUCACCACAUAAAAGAUGCUCUUUGACGUUGUUAAAUCCUUCUAAGCUCUCUCCAGAACACCUAUACAAACAACCCCAUAAAGAAAUCCACGUCUCCACAGACCGCAGCUUCUUGCUUGAUUCAUCUUCCAUUGACCAUUUUUCUGCUGAAUCCAAGUUUGACUCCCAAAUCGAAGGAAAUAGACACAAAUCAAAUGAAACCCCCUCUCCUAUUGUACGAAAUAUAAAACCUCAUCAGACAUCACCUGCCGAUUUUAAGCCUGCGCUGAUCUCACACGAACAAUCUCUCACUCCUGAUCAAAAUCGAAUCCAACAGGCUCAAGAAGUCAUGACAUCUGCAAUCCCAGAAUACACCGAUAUUAAACCAGGUUUUUAUUCGCGAAACGACAGAAAAAUCUUCUACAAAACAGAAAAAAUUCAUGCACCAGCUUUUCAACAUUCUCCUUCCCCAAGGGCUGCUGGUUUCACCCAUCUCACCAUCACACCUUCUGUAUCUCCUGUCUCUUCUUCACCAAGAGCUGCUGGUUUCACCCAUCUCACCAUCACACCUUCUGUAUCCCCUGUCUCUCCUUCACCAAGAGCUGCUGGUUUCACCCAUCUCACCAUCACACCUUCUGUAUCUCCUGUCCCUCCUUCACCAAGACCUGGAUCCUGCAUUUCAACAUCAGAAGGCUACACGUUGUCUCAAUCUCCAGCAAUUUCCUAUCAUCACCGCUCCCCUUCGCCAUCUUACUCUCUCCGCUCCUCCCCAGUUUCAUCCCUAAGGGAAAGUUCUCCAGACUGUACAGACAGGGGGAGUAAAAAGCCGCAUAAGAUCAAGUCUACCUACAAAGCUUUUGCUGCUAUUCCAACCAAUACACUCCUUCUGGAACAGCAGGCAAUUGAUGACGAGGUUAAUAAAAAUAACACUUCCCUCGACCCGAGUGACAGUUUUGCCUGGGAGGAUCCUCAUUCUCAGAUGUGCAGCCCUGCUCAGCUUCGUCAGCAGUCCAAAGAGCUGUAUGAGGUGAUUGAUGAGGUGUUAAAGGACACGGUCCGAACAAGUCCAUCAAACCCUGCUAACCAACUGGCAGUGCCAUCCGAGACAACAAGGAAGCCAACACCAUCACCACCACCUCCAAGAUCUUUAGGACGAGAAACGAAAUACGCUCAUUUCCACCACCAGUCUCCUACACCUGCUGAGAAAACACUGACAAAACCUGGGGUUAUAACAGCGGUCAUGGUUAAUCCUAAAUUACAAGAUGACAGAGAGAGAAGAUGUUUUUCAAAUUCUUAUCAAAGGCAGAAAGAUUCUUCAAGGUUCUCCAGUGAUCACCAGUCCCAGUUUGUCAGCAGGACGUUUGUGACUAAGGAUGAGCCACAUGGAAGAGGAGAUUUGGAGAUGGACCAAGAUUUCUCUGAGGAACCCGUGAAGUGUACGCCAAGCCCCGCACUUGUGUUCAAGUCCAGGGAGCGCAGCACUCCAUCUCCGAGAAGAGCGCCUCUAUAACAUGUCUCCAUCUCGGUAAAGUCCAUGAAGGGGCGAAAAUGGAAAGUCAUUGCUAUUGACAUUUAAGUGUCUGCACAGAAUGAGUUGGACAGAGUGACAGGUGACCUCUAGAAUUGUGAAAUCAUGUCAUGAAACCACUGAAGACGCCGCUGGAGGACAGUUUCUAGAACAGUCUCAUUUCUGUUCUGCCUUCAAGAUGUAAUGAAACGAUCCUAAAACCAUUUACUUUCACUGAAAGUAUGAUCGUAUAUAUCAGGUUUAUCAUGUGAACCAAUAAAACGCAUGCCAUUGUUUAAAGGCCGUUUUAUCAAAAUGCAUUUAUCAGAAAUCACAGCGAAAAGAAGCGACUGUUUUGUACCAUUUGCUUAUGAUACUAUUUCUUUUCUCUUUUUUUCUACUAUCUGAUUUAUUCUGAUUUUGUUUCUACUCAAAAUCUCUACUGCAAAUCUGGACUCCUCAAUGUUGUAAAGAUGAAGCAUUUAUUGAAGGACAUCCUGCCUAAGAUGUAUGUCUUUUAUAAAUCCUGACUUUCAAGUAAUAUUUCAUGUGUACGUGUACAUUAUUUGUGCAGUAUUCUGAAAUAAAUAUUAACUUUAAUGUAA